GAUCUUCAAAAGGUAAUUCCUUUGACUUCCACCUUUACAAAGAGGUGUUAAUGGACCGAUAUUAAAUACAUUAAUACCUCAGUUAAAAAGAUACAGGGGGUACAAAUACAACUCUCUGACUCCAUGUCAUUAUUAAGACAGAGCAAGAAGUGAAGUCAACACCAGCUUCUCUAGGCCCCUACUUGAACAUGGCAACUCAGAAAUUUUCAGACUUCUCUAUUGAUUACAUCUUGGGAGAUGCCAGCAAACAAACAGCAGAAACACCUGGAGUGGAUCAUCCAGCAUCUUCUCAGGAUUUCCAAGGGCACUUGACCAACCUGGACCUGCUCUACCAGGAUAGAUCUAGAGGUCACUGUGACCAUGCAGCACUGGUGAUGAACUUUCCAGCUUCAUCAUGGGCGGGAAUGUACAGCUGCUGUGGUGUUCCAGUCUCAUAUUAUCAACCACCUUUUAAUUCAAAUUACUAUGCAGGUCAACAGUGGCCUUUUGCCGUAUCAGGUUGUGAAACAGUUGAGAAUCACUUCCACCAAACUGUAGCUCAGAGACAGCGCAGUCGAAUCCGAACGGUUUUCACCGACAACCAGACGGAGCAGCUCGAGCGGCUCUUCGCCAUCACGGAUUACCCGACCGCUGAAACCCGGUCGGAGUUAGCCAAGAACACCGGCCUCAGCGAGGAGACUGUGCGGGUGUGGUUCAAGAAUCGACGAGCACGCAGAAAGAGACAGACAACCUGCCCUGACAAAAACUCGAGGCGCGCUGUCGAUGGUCAUCAGGAAUCAGAUUAAUUUAUAAUUGAAACAUGUCAACACAGGCUCAAUGACUUUUUUAAUGUUGUUUUUCGAAAGCACACUUUUGUUUACAGUUAAAAUGUACAUUUUUUAAUACAAAUAAACAUUUUCUCAGUGAAAUACACGAGUUUUGCUUAUAGGCCUAUUUGUAUGGAUGGAUGGAUGGAUGGAUAGACAGAUAGAUAGUCAACCAAAACAACACAGUCAAACUAAGUAUAAAACACUAAUGUUUAUUAGUCAUAUAUCCAUGGUCAGGAUAGAGUUUCACUUUAAGUAAUUAAUAGGCUUUUUUUUCAUGCUGAUAUACUGUAGGAAAAAGAAACCUGCAAAUGUAUACACAGCAUGCAGUACAGUUAUGUUGUCCAUCAAAUCCAGAACUGAACUCAUGAAUAAGAUCCACGUUAAUCCGAUUUACAGAGUAUAGUUAACAUGAAAACAAAGCACGGGACAUUAAAAAAGUACCUUGUGAAAUUAUUAAAAUAUAUAUUUUCUCAGACGAAUAAAUGUUUACAAAUGAACUAUACCAAUUACACAACUGGAUAGAAAAUGACAGAAAGCUUUGCUGACAAUGCUAGAUGUCACACUGAAACUCUUGAAAGCGUGGAGGGUGAGCCAGUCUGCAAGUUACUUACAUAUGAAAUUUCAAUUUACAGUCAUACUUUUACUCUCCUUUUGGCAUCAAAAACUUAAUGUGACUUGUCCUGAAAUCCAGGUAAAUAACAGUGAUAUAUUGAUGCGUUGUACAACUUUAAGUCACCAUAAAGCAAUAUACUGUACUCUAUAAGUCACAAAAUGAUAAUGCACAAUUUCAGGUUUUUUGUGAGCUGACCUUUGCACUGUAUCAGAAGAUGCACUAUUCUACUCACUACAGUGUCAUAUGCUAAACCUACCACACAAAUUCAAGAAUUCUUCAAUGAAAUAAUGGCAUGGCGGCUGAAGAAAUCAAAAGCUGUCCAGACCUGCUCAAGCAGUACAUUUUCAAUUUCACAAGUUGCUCUUUUUUGUAAAUCAGUGCAGUUGACCAAGUGUUCACAAGAUGGAGAGUGCACAAACCAUUGUUUUUUUAUUCUCUCCUUAACAAAAUCUGCCCGCUCUGUAUUGAUUUCACCUAUACUGUUGGAUGAUCCCAGGUCAUCUAUUAUGGACAGACACUUUUACUCAUGCUGUACUUCCAUAGGUGGUAAUAAAGUAGACAGAUUUCUAUCCAUAUUCAUAUAGCAUGUUGACACAGAGUAAAUAUUGCUGUUAUUACCCACACACUUGAUUACAAUAUCAUAAGCACAUAUUGUUUUCACGACCAGGAUUUUAAAGAACAGCAUUUACAAAAAUGAUGGAGGGAGAGUGAGACGGGAUAGGUAGUCUGGCCUAGCAGCUCUUGUAGACGAUAAAUGAAGAUUCAUUUUUAAUUUUUUGUUAAAAAAUAAAUUGUACUUCACUUUAAACUAUACUAGAUGAUGCAAAUGCAUUUAAUUAUUAUUUAAAUUUUUUUUGGGUGAGAGAAACAUGAUUGUGAUUGAAUUUGUAUGGUUAUUUGGGUUUACAAAAUAGAAUCCUUUAAUUUUCACAUUGUUUUAUUUUUAUUUAUUUUUUAUGAAAGGUCAAGAACGAACAUGCCUCCUCUUAAGAGUUUUUGGAUGUAUGGUUCUUAACAGUACAUUAUUUUGGCGUAAAAGAUCCAGUCAUUUAGCUUUUGCUAUAUCAUGAAGCUUGCGCUUUGGUCUUGUGGGAGAUUUUAAUUGAAUGAAAUGUUAUUAACUUAUAAAUAUCUAAAGCAGGCCUCUCACCUCAUUUCAGAGCAGUUUAUGACCUGAAAACGUGCCCAU